AUGUCCCGAGACAACAGCGGCGACUGGGCGUCGCAGGCCCAGGUUGAGCCCCAUCAGCUCGAGGGCGGCCAGCUUCCCUACUGGGAUAAACACUGGUGGGAACAGUAUCGCCAAGCUAGGACUCUUAGAGAAAGAAAUGAAAUCGUCACCAGGCUCGUUGACCAGAUGCCCAUCAAGUGGGGCACGCUGCCGCAGCUGCCUUUCUGGGCCCCUUUGUUCAACGUCACCCAGGGCCAGUACAAGGUGGACGUGGGCGGGAGGCUCAUGGCCACAUCCCUUGUCCUUGGCCACCAGCAGCUGGACCAGGAGGACCUUGACCUUGUCGCCUAUGGCGCCGCCAAGCGCUCUGUCACCAAUGCGUACGCCCGGCCCGCCAUAGCCCUCGGCGCAGGUGUCUGCUGGGCUGUUGGAUUCAACAAGUACAACUUCCCCUUCUGGAAGCCAAAACCGGCGUCCUUCAACCCCGAAAUCUUCCCGAGCAAGAGAUUCACCCUUGCCGCCGGACCCCGGGCUAUUCUGGCAUGGCAAGGCGCCCGUGUUGCCGCCUGGUAUGUCGCCUGGAGAAUUUUUGGAGGCUGGGUCGCGGAUGCGUAUGCCGAGACCGUCUUCUCAGCUACGGUGAUGCGGAACAAGGCAUUCAAGCAGAAGAUCAUUGAGGCGGGACAAGCGAUGAAGACGAAGGGCAUUUCUCCCGAGAGGCCCGAGCUGGGGGACGGUUAUUCAAGUGAGCACACGCCAAACUAUGACCACCAGGAGGAUCAACAACAACUGCCAUCACAAGCGCAAACACCAUAUCUCCAACGGAUCCAGCAGCACCAACAGAAGCAGAAACAAUACCAACAGCAACAGCAACAGCAACAGCAGCAGCAGCAGCAGCAGCAGCAGCAGGCACAACAAUCCACUUAUAACGACGACGACGACUUCCUCUACGAUGAUGCUUCCCCCGUAGCGCCAGCCGCCAGAGCCAGUUCGCCCGUCGUCCAGACCUCCGGCUCCGCAUGGGACAGACUCCGACAGCAAGCAAAGGCGGGCCCUGCGCAGGCACCUGGAAGCACGACCGCCACAACACCUGCCACCUACGUCAAGCCUUCCCAGUCCGCUUCGUGGGCGGAGCGCCGUGCGGCUGCCGCAGGCGGCGGCAGCGGCAGCGAGGGACUGUCGUAUUUCUAUUCGGAGACUGACCGGGAGAGGGCUCUGGCUAAGGAGCAGGCGCAAAAGGAGUUUGAUGCCAUGUUGGAGAGGGAGAGGCGUGGCGAUGGCAGCAGCCGUGGACGUGGGUUCUAA